AUGGAGUUCAUGACCGCCCUUCGGGGCUCUUUCGACGACCAGAAGCCCUCCCUCUUCGAGCUGAUCUCCGAACAGCAGCUCAAUUCCCUCCUCCCCCCGACGAUCCGAUACCUUCUCACGGUCGCGACGCAGCGCUACCCGCGGUACCUCCUCCGCGCCCUCAACUCCUUUGACGAGCUGUACGCGCUGUGCAUGCUCGUCGUCGAGCGCCACUACCUCAAGACCCGCGGCGGCAGCUUCACGGAACACUUUUACGGCCUCAAGCGCGAGAGGGCCCUGCAUGCCGAGAUCCCGCGCGCGAGCGCCAGCGCGCCGCACAUCGUGCGGGACACGCUGAAGCUGACCACAAAGGAUGUGUGGAUGAAUCUGGCCGUGAUGGUCGGGAUACCGUACCUCAAGCGCAAGCUCGACGAGGGGUACGAGGUCAACGCGCCCCGCGCGCUGCUGGGCGCGGCGUACACGCAGAUGCCGCCGAACCCGACGUGGAAGCAGAGGUUCCUGCACUACUACCGCUGGUUCCUGCGCAACGUCUACCCCAGCGUCAACGCGGCCUACUACUUUGCGCUGCUGUCCUUCAACCUCGCGUACCUGUUUGACAACAGCAAAUACCACAACCCCUUCAUGUGGCUCAUCAACACCCGCGUGCGGCGGAUGACGGGGGCAGACUACCAGGCCAUCGACGCCCUGACGAGCGGCACCCCGGCAAAGGGCGGCGCGCCCCCCGGCUGGCGGUCGCUAUUCUCGCCGCGCGAGAUGGGCCCGCGGCUGCUCUCAAGCCUGUCGAUGCUGCUGCCGAUGAGCAUCUUUGCGCUCAAGUUUCUCGAGUGGUGGCACGCUUCCGACUUUGCGAAGCAGCUGUCGCGCAAGGCGACGGAGACGCUGGACCUGCCGCCACCCGUCGUCUCGGGGCUGGCUGGCAAGGGAUGGUCCGCCGACACGAGCAAGGGCAAGGAGACUGCUGGUGGCGACGAGUCCGAGGCGGCUGCUGUCCCGGCCGCAGAGACGGCGCCAAUUGCUACGCCUUCACUGCUGCCCAUCUACACGGUCCCCGCGCCCGAGGACUCUGCGCUGUGUCCGGUGUGCGAGGAGCCGAUUGCGACCCCGACAGCGUGCCAGACGGGCAUCGUGUACUGCUACUCGUGCAUCCAUCGAUGGGUGGAGGGCAUGCACCCCAAGCAGGAAGACUUCAUGGCGGACAAGGAGGGCAAGUGGGAGAGCGGGCAGGGACGAUGCGCGGUCACCGGACGACGCGUCCUGGGUGGCACGGAGGGGUUGAGGAGGAUCAUGGUGUAA